AUGGGGAAAGAAGGCAUGGGGAAAGAAGGCAUGGGGAAAGAAGGCAUGGGGAAAGAAGGCAUGGGGAAAGAAGGCAUGGGGAAAGAAGGCAUGGGGAAAGAAGGCAUGGGGAAAGAAGGCAUGGGGAAAGAAGGCAUGGGGAAAGAAGGCAUGGGGAAAGAAGGCAUGGGAAAGAAGGCAUGGGAAAGAAGGCAUGGGAAAGAAGGCAUGGGAAAGAAGGCAUGGGAAAGAAGGCAUGGGAAAGAAGGCAUGGGAAAGAAGGCAUGGGAAAGAAGGCAUGGGAAAGAAGGCAUGGGAAAGAAGGCAUGGGAAAGAAGGCAUGGGAAAGAAGGCAUGGGAAAGAAGGCAUGGGAAAGAAGGCAUGGGAAAGAAGGCAUGGGAAAGAAGGCAUGGGAAAGAAGGCAUGGGAAAGAAGGCAUGGGAAAGAAGGCAUGGGAAAGAAGGCAUGGGAAAGAAGGCAUGGGAAAGAAGGCAUGGGAAAGAAGGCAUGGGAAAGAAGGCAUGGGAAAGAAGGCAUGGGAAAGAAGGCAUGGGAAAGAAGGCAUGGGAAAGAAGGCAUGGGAAAGAAGGCAUGGGAAAGAAGGCAUGGGAAAGAAGGCAUGGGAAAGAAGGCAUGGGAAAGAAGGCAUGGGAAAGAAGGCAUGGGAAAGAAGGCAUGGGAAAGAAGGCAUGGGAAAGAAGGCAUGGGAAAGAAGGCAUGGGAAAGAAGGCAUGGGAAAGAAGGCAUGGGAAAGAAGGCAUGGGAAAGAAGGCAUGGGAAAGAAGGCAUGGGAAAGAAGGCAUGGGAAAGAAGGCAUGGGAAAGAAGGCAUGGGAAAGAAGGCAUGGGAAAGAAGGCAUGGGAAAGAAGGCAUGGGAAAGAAGGCAUGGGAAAGAAGGCAUGGGAAAGAAGGCAUGGGAAAGAAGGCAUGGGAAAGAAGGCAUGGGAAAGAAGGCAUGGGAAAGAAGGCAUGGGAAAGAAGGGCCUGCCUCCUCCAUCCCCUAUACCUCUAACACCUGUGGUUUCCACUUCAUCGGUGCAGCCAGAGAUGCCCAGUCAUCCUCUGGCAUCAGGGAUGAGGACACCUGUGAAGGUGUCCCCCUCAUAAGAUAA